UCAAGUCGCUGGCCCAGCAGUCCCGCCCGGGCGCUCCGCGGUGGUAGCGGGGACGGGCGACCAGCCUGGGCAUCGGGGACCCAGCGUACCUGCACCACUCACGCCUUGCCCGGAGUCCGUCGGGGGAUUGGGCAGAAGGGCUGACCGAAGGGGCCCGCCACCCUGUCGGGCCUUGGGCUCCAAAGGGAAAGCCCCCCUGCUGCCCCGGCCACUGGAGCCCUCGGCGUUCAGGCCAUGAGGAGCAGCCCCAGCGGGACGUCAGCGCCGAGGGAAGAAGAGAGUCCCGCCCGCUGAGAGGUUUUACGGGCUGGACGGUGACCCCCGAGCAGCGGGGAAGCCGCCCGGCCUGUUUCUCCACCGCCAGCAGCUCCAGCUUGGCAGAAAGCGCGGAUUCAUGUUUAUUCACCAGGCGGUAAAACCACUCCAGUUGUCCGGGAUUAUUUACCACAGCGUGAGGCUCAGCGCCCUCAUUAAUUAAGCAGGCGAGAAGAAAAGGGAGAAAUUGAAGCACAGGGAAACUAAACUCCCACCACCACCACCCCCCUCCACCUUCCCCCUUUAAGGUCGCGCAGCGUAAUUAGCGGCGGGGCCGGGAGCAACCCCUGCCCUCCCGGGGGCCGCGGUCUGGAGGUGGGCACCGGCUGGGCUGCGGUUCCGAAUGGGGAGGACCCCUGACACAUCCCAAAUCCUCCCCCCACCCCCCCCCAACGCCUCCUCCUUCUCGCCCCUAAGCCACCACUUCGGGUCCGCUCCGCUGACGUCAGGGGAGUGCGGGUGAGGGUCACUUGUGAGGAAUUGCCUUCCCCGGAGCCUGGAGCUGGUUUUUUGGGGUUUUUUGUGGCCUAGCAAGGAGCGGUUUCCUUUGCCAAGCUGUUGGCAUCUUCUUGCCUGGAUUCAGUCAUUCCCAAAGGAAUGGAGGAAUGCAGCUGAUAAGUCCUUAACCACUCGGUGCUCCCACAGGCAGCACCAGAAGCCGGCUUCAUCUUCUCCAGUUUGGCACUCUGGGGGAAGGGGGAAGGUGUUUUUUUUUUUUGUUACCUGCUCUGGGUACCUUUUUAGUGGCACUAGAGACCAAAGGAGAUGGAAGAAAAGGAGCGAUGUGAUAAAUUCCAGCAGUUACCUAGACACUAAGUGGAUUGAUCUCUUUUGACUUUUUUUUUUUCUGGGGGGGAAGGGGAAAGUAUUACAUUUUAUGGGGUAUGAGAGGAAGGAGGGAAAAUAUGUUGCAGAUCUUUAUGUGGUUUUUAAAACCAGCCAUCAGAGGCAAUUACUGAGUAAACUGAAACACAAGAGGAGGGUUUGUGAGCUGGAAGCAGCGCUAGCCUGCAGAAGAACAGGGCAGUGGGCUGCUGUUGUGACUGUGGAGGAAGAAACUUCAGCCUUCUGCCUUUCUCACCACCUACUCUCCAUCCACUCUAUGCGAAAAUGAGUUGCGUGCCAUGGAAAGGUGACAAGACCAAAUCGGAAUCACCAGAGCCACUCCAGCAACCACCACUGCAUAUUUACCAUGAGAAGCAGCGUAGGGAACUGUGUGCUCUCCAUGCCCUCAACAAUGUCUUCCAGGACAGCAACGCCUUCACUAGGGAAACUCUACAGGAGAUUUUUCAGAGGCUGUCUCCCAACACCAUGGUGACGCCCCACAAGAAGAGCAUGCUGGGGAAUGGGAACUAUGAUGUUAAUGUGAUCAUGGCAGCACUUCAGACCAAAGGCUACGAGGCGGUUUGGUGGGACAAGCGCAGGGAUGUUAACGUCAUUGCCCUGUCUAAUGUGAUGGGCUUCAUCAUGAACCUGCCCUCCAGCCUCUGCUGGGGCCCCUUGAAGCUCCCCCUCAAGCGACAGCACUGGAUCUGUGUCCGGGAGGUGGGAGGCACGUACUACAACCUCGACUCCAAACUCAAGGUGCCCGAGUGGAUUGGAGGUGAAAGCGAGCUCAGGAAAUUCUUGAAACAACAGCUGAGAGGAAAGAACUGUGAACUCCUGCUGGUGGUGCCAGAGGAGGUGGAAGCACAUCAGAGCUGGAGAGCUGAUGUGUGACCCAGACCAACUCUGCCCUCCCACCUACAGUUCUUCCCCUUUACUCAACUCUGACAUUCUGAAACCCGGAUAGCGGUGCCCUGACUCUCCUCACCUGGAACUUCCUUCGUUAGGCUCUUCUCUUCCUUCCUUGGUGCAAUAGGGCAACAGUGUAGGACAUUGGGGGUGGUGGGUGGGGAAGAACUGAGGGCAGAGCAGAGGAAACUGGAAGGCAGUCACUUUAAUUGCAAAGGUGGGUGAGCUGCUUGCCCUUCAGCUCACUAGAAGGUGUUGUGCUCUUUGAAACUGGGCUUUGGGAUGAGGGUGUCCAGAAGCCUCUGGCCUCCCUUUCCACACAUCGUGGUCAAGGCUCUGUGUGGUGGGACACUGCCCUCCCAAGUCACUUCCUCCAAAACAAGUCGUCAUGAAGACGGCUGCAACUCCUAAGGGUCUCUCAGGACACUCUCAAACACUAGGAAUGGUACGGUGCUCAGCAAAGCCCUCUGCUUCUUAGGGAUGGUUUGUGCCAGGAAUGAGAAAACAAUGAUGAAAACAUCAUCUUUCAAGAAAUUCUUCGGGUAGCAAAAGGAUUCUUCCGCAGUGUCUCCAGGGAUUUAUGUAUGUUCUGAGCAGUUGUUCAGCAGCAUGUGGCUGGCCAAGGCAAUGUGGAAAAAGCAAAUGCGAGCCAGUUGAGAAGUAUCAGGUUUCUGGAGUGGAGAGAAGCAGUAGUCUGCUUGGGUUUCUUUGUGCUAUGUUGGGUUUGUUGUUGGUUUUUUACCUUUAGAAUCUGGUUUGGUUUUUUGCAUGGGGCUGCUGGGAUACAGGAAUAAAACUUAAGGGGUUUGGAGAGGAAUUCAUUCCCUUUUACUUCCCUCUUUCUAGAAGUGUAGCCCACAGUCAUGAACACCAUGUGAAAUGUCCCAGAAAGAGGUAAAGUUACAAAGCAAAAAUAGCUGAGGAGGGAAGCUUUUGUAAUUGUCAGUUUUUUUCCCUUUUUAUAGUUACUAGUUGGUAAUGUGGGAGAUACAGGGGGCCCACCAGAGCCUUGGAGCAUUACAGAGACCCUGGCCUGGUAAUUGAACCAACCUAUUUUACAGCAUUAGCCAACAAACAUUCCAUUAACAGAUUAAUUGCUUUUUCCUCCCCUCCCUUCCGUGGGGAAAAGUGACUAGACAUGGAGACACUAAGGAAUCCCCAGUCACUGGGGUAAGCUGUAGCUCAGUCAUGCCUUCCACAGCAGGAGGAGGAAACACUGAAUUUUGGAGACCGUUGUGUUCAGCUCUUCCUGGCUGAGCUGCUGCUUGAUUCCCUCCUUUCCAUAUGGCAUGGUCUCCAUUCAACUGCAGUCUCCGGGAUGUGACGGAGCUUGAAGGAUCCCCCUCUUCUGUGCAGGCAGCCUCAUUAGUGGUGUUAAGAGCUUGUGAAGGGAGGGGCUGCAACUACCUUUUCUCUGAUAUUUUUCUCUCAAGAGCUCCGCAAAUGCAUGAGCGGGUGCUCGUAGCUGAGAGACCACCACACUCACACCUUCCUAACAGAACAGAAGCUGUGUGAUGAUGUUCACCCACCCCCAGAUGCCUGGCAAGCACCGUGUUGCAGUCUUCUGAGCACAGCCUCCCACAGCCAAGGGCGAUCUGCACUUCAGUUUUAAAGACCCAAUGUUUCGACAGAAAGUCCAAUUUCGUAAUACAUUCCAGUGACCAAUACCAGCUGGUGGACUUUUUAAACACUUUACAGGCAGGAUGUGCAGCCUGCAGCUGUCCUGCUCAUGACUUGAAGCCAUUUCUUCAAGAGGGGGAAGAAAAAUAAAAAUCUCAACAGCAAUGUUUUCUAUGCUGAUCAAAGUCGCACUUUGGAGAAACCCUGUUUGCAUGGAAACUGCAAGCCAACAGAGCAGUGCACAAUAUGCAAAGAUGUUUUAAAAUAUUUUGGGGCUACUUUCCACUCCCUGUGUGUCAGCACUUCUCCCGUGGAGGAGGGGUAACAGUGUGAUCCAGCUGCUCAGGUAAAGGGAAGGUGUAGGAUCACACCCGCGGGGAGGCAAGGGGAGGAGAGCCUGUCCAGUCCCACUGAUUGGGAGUGGGGGAAGCCCCUGUUUGUUUUCUUGCUUGUUUGGUUUUGUUAGAGCCUGGUCUUGGGUUUGUUUACAGAGAUGUAUUUUGGUUAACCAAAUAUUAAAAAUGGAAAAAAAAAUUUAUUUCCAUAUAAAUGUCCUAUCACUUCUGUAUGUUCAGCUCAAUUGUUCUGUAACAAAGUAUGUAAAGGAAAAAUAAAAUUUUUUUUCU